AUGAUUUCCAUUCGCAAAUGGGCAAGGAGAAAUAGGACUCCCCUUGCGAUUGGAUUUGGGGUGAUUGGUGUAGGCUAUGUUGCAACUCAAUAUGUACUGGGAAAGAUUUCUGAUGCUCGACAACGUAUGAGUAGUGAUCGUAUAGCUCGAGAGAAUCUCCGGCGUCGAUUCGAGCAGAAUCAAGAAGAUUGCACCUACACCGUCUUAGCCCUCUUGCCUACAGCCACCGAGAAUAUUCUAGCAGAACUGAAAACUGAGAGGAUUACCGAUGAAUUACAACAACAGAAAGCUGCGAAGCAGGCGCGAAAUGGGGAUGGUCGUCCAUCAGAAUUCGGUUCCAGUCCUCCGAGCAUUACCGACGACGAUGGAAGAAGCAUGGCGAGUUUCAGUGAUAGUGGAAUGCAUAUAAGUCAACUCGGAAUACCCUCAGGAUUAGAGUUGGGUAUUGAUGGAGCACAAGAUGGAGGGCAACAAAGAGCACCGCAAGCACAAAAAGUCAAAAGGUCGAAGAUGCAAUUGUGGAACGACCUCAAGAUCAGCUCCAUCACGCGAUCGUUCACUUUGAUAUAUACACUCUCUCUGCUCACACUUCUCACGCGAAUACAGCUCAAUCUUCUAGGACGUCGCAGUUAUCUUUCGAGUGUAGUCUCCCUGGCUACUGGUGGCGUGGAACAAUCGACAAUAAACUUGGAAAAUAAUGAUGAUGAUAAUUCAGAUCAAGCAUAUGGAAACGACUUCGAGACGAAUAGACGGUACCUGACAUUCAGCUGGUGGUUACUUCAUAGAGGCUGGAGGGACGUUAUGUUUAAGGUUGAGGCUGCCGUGAAAGAAGUAUUUAGGGAUACCUCUAUUAGAGAAGAGCUUACAAUGGCCAAGUUCUCCGAGCUAACGCUCGAGGUUCGUAAAAAGGUAGAGGGGGCCACUCCUGAGGACAGACAGGCGACUCGCUGGUUACAGUACCUCUUGCCACCACGAGAUCAAGAGGAUUUCGUCAUUAAAGAAUCUGGCAUGAAAACUAUGGAGCCUGAGAUCCCUCUAUCCUCCCCUGUAUCACCCUUGAGACGACUUCUUGAUGAAACCUCAGAUCUGAUCGACUCUCCGCCAUUCUCCCACGUUCUGACCAUGCUUCUCGAUGCUGGUUUCUCAACUCUUGUUGAACAAAAGAUCGCUCAGCAGAGCUUCAAGAUUCCGUCUCAACUUGAGGAUGCUCGAGUUACGGACGUUACUGAGCCCAAACCGGUAAAACUUCCAUUAAUAUUGGCUGUUCUUACUAGACAGGCUCAUUCUAUUGGAAAUGGUGUGCCAAAUGAAUACCUUCAAGCCAUGGAGCAGAUUAGGGAAUUGGAAGCUUUUGCCGCUGUGGUUUAUUCUAGUCACGAGAACGAGAUAAAUCCGAUUGACGACUUUGGAAGUGCUAUAUUAGUGCCCAAAAAUGGCUUGGGUGAAUCUGAAAUGACCGCCGUUGCUUCUAAUGGCCAGGAUAGUCUCAUGGAUGUGGGGACCACAAGCAGGUUUGAAAGCGCAUGGGGCAAAGCUGUUGACCCUGCAGACAAGGCGACAUCUUAA